UAGAAAAGUAGUUAAACUAAUCUGAUGAGAGAGACAACAAAGUCCUUUAGUUUUAGUUGACUACUAGGCUGAAAAAUCUUCUUUUGUCUUUAUUACAAUAUUAAUUCUUCUUUUACACCAUCUCUCUCAUCUCUGCAGAUCUAAAGAAACAGAGAGAGAUUAAGACAAAACGAUGAGAAAAGGAGAUUUAACUCCUGACAGAGAUCGCGUGACUGAGGAACAUGAGUUGCAAGAAACUCGGUUUAGUCCUGAAACAGAGAGGAACAAGAAUGCUAGACAAAACCAAAGAGAAGAAGAUGAUGAAGGAGAAGAAUCUGUGGAGGGAAUAUUCGAGAGCAGAGAGGUUCCUUCUUGGACGAAGCAGUUAACGGUUAGAGCUUUUGUGGUUAGCUUUGCGUUAAGCAUCUUGUUUAGCUUCAUUGUGAUGAAGCUUAACCUCACAACAGGGAUCAUCCCUUCUCUUAACGUCUCUGCUGGUCUUCUCGGAUUCUUCUUCGUCAAGACAUGGACCAAGAUGCUUCAUAAAUCUGGUCUUUUGAAACAACCCUUUACAAGACAAGAGAACACAGUUAUUCAGACUUGUGUUGUUGCUUCCUCAGGCAUUGCCUUUAGCGGAGGGUUUGGGACUUACUUAUUUGCAAUGAGCGAACGAAUAGCUAACCAUUCAGGAGAUGCUGCUCGUGGCGUUAAGGACCCUUCUUUGGGUUGGAUCAUAGCUUUUCUCUUUGUUGUCAGCUUUCUUGGCCUCUUCUCUGUUGUCCCUCUUCGAAAGAUAAUGAUAAUAGACUUCAAACUAACAUACCCAAGUGGCACUGCAACUGCUCAUCUUAUCAACAGCUUUCAUACUCCUCAAGGAGCAAAGCUGGCCAAGGAACAGGUGAGAGUGUUGGGGAAGUUCUUCUCCUUGAGCUUCUUGUGGGGUUUCUUCCAAUGGUUCUUUACUGCAGGAGAAAACUGUGGGUUUCACAGUUUCCCUACCUUUGGACUCAGAGCAUACCAAUACAAGUUCUACUUUGAUUUUUCAGCAACAUAUGUAGGUGUUGGUAUGAUAUGCCCAUACAUAAUCAACAUAUCUCUCCUUUUGGGUGGGAUUCUCUCUUGGGGACUAAUGUGGCCUCUCAUUGAAACUAGAAAGGGAGAUUGGUUCCCUUCUGAUGUUGACUCUAGCAGCAUGAACGGUCUCCAAGCUUACAAGGUGUUCAUAGCUGUUGCUAUGAUUCUAGGGGAUGGUGUAUACAACUUUUGCAAAGUGUUGAGCCGAACCCUUUCAGGACUAUUCAAGCAGAUCCGAGGUGAAGCUAGUUGUAGAACCUCUCUUUCACGGGAAGAAGAGCCCCCUGCUUCUCCAUUGACACCAAAGAUAUCUUAUGAUGACCAACGUAGAACAAGAUUCUUCCUUAAAGAUCAGAUUCCUUCAUGGUUUGCUGGUGGAGGGUAUGUGCUUAUAGCUGCAGUAUCUAUAGCUGUACUACCUCAAAUGUUCGAUCAGCUGAGAUGGUACUACAUUCUGGUCAUCUAUGUCUUUGCCCCAGUCUUAGCCUUCUGCAAUGCUUAUGGAGCUGGGCUCACGGAUUGGUCACUAGCAUCAACCUACGGAAAACUCGCCAUAUUCACAAUCGGAGCAUGGGCUGGUUCGGAACAUGGAGGUGUUCUUGCAGGGUUAGCGGCUUGUGGAGUCAUGAUGAACAUAGUUUCCACAGCUUCAGACCUGACGCAAGAUUUCAAGACAGGUUACCUAACGUUGUCAUCUCCAAGGGCCAUGUUUGUGAGCCAAGUGAUUGGAACAGCAAUGGGGUGUGUGGUUUCUCCCUGUGUGUUCUGGCUUUUCUACAAGGCCUUUGAUGAUCUCGGCCUCCCAAACAGCAAGUACCCUGCACCGUUUGCUACAGUUUACAGAAGCAUGGCGAAACUUGGUGUUGAAGGUGUUUCGUCUCUACCAAGCGACUGUCUUGUGCUGUGCUACGCGUUUUUCGGGUUUGCCAUACUGAUAAACGUAGUGAAAGAUGGUCUUGGGAACAGAUGGGGAAGGUUUGUUCCUCUUCCCAUGGCAAUGGCUAUACCGUUUUUCUUAGGGCCUUACUUUGCGAUCGACAUGUGUGUGGGGAGUUUGAUUUUGUUUGUGUGGGAGAGACUAGAUGCACCAAAGGCUGAAGCUUUUGCAACAGCGGUGGCUUCGGGUUUGAUAUGUGGAGAUGGUAUCUGGACUUUGCCAAGCUCUGUGCUCGCUAUAGCUGGAGUUGAACCUCCUAUCUGCAUGAAGUUUCUCUCAUCUGAAACCAAUCAUAGAGUGGACAAGUUUCUGCAAGGAUCCUCUUAGUUUUUUUUUUUUUGAAAGCUCAAUGAGAUGGAUCUGUUGAGAUGAAAAAACAAUGAUAAAAAGGAGUAGUGCCUUGGUCAUUCGUAUAGAUAGAUGAGAGACUCUUGUAUCAAAUUGAACAAACAUGCUUUACACAUAACUCGGGGAACACAUACUAUUAAUAAGCUUGGUGAA